UUCACCAGGAACUGUGCAGACACUCACGGGGAGUCAGGGACAGCAGCCCCUCGCACUGGGAUCCAGAGCCACUGCAAAAGAGAGUGAAACUCUUCUAAUCCAAGACAAUGGCAGACAAAAUUAAAGAUGCUAAGAUCAUCUUUGUCGUGGGUGGCCCCGGUUCUGGAAAGGGCACCCAGUGUGAGAAGGUGGUAGCAAAGUACGGCUACACCCACCUGUCAUCUGGAGACCUGCUCCGUGCAGAGGUGUCCUCUGGAUCUGAGAGGGGAAAGAACCUCCAGGCCAUCAUGCAGAGAGGAGAGCUGGUGCCCCUGGACACAGUCUUGGACAUGAUUAAAGACGCUAUGAUUGCUAAGGCUGAUGUCUCUAAGGGCUUCCUUAUUGAUGGGUAUCCCCGUGAGGUGAAACAGGGCGAGGAGUUUGAGAAGAAGAUCGGUAAACCCUGCCUGCUGUUGUAUGUCGAUGCUAAAGCCGAGACCAUGGUCAAGAGACUGCUGAAGCGCGGUGAGACCAGUGGCCGUUCUGAUGACAACGAGGAGACCAUCAAGAAGCGCCUGGACUUGUACUACAAAGCAACUGAGCCAGUUAUUGCCUUCUAUGAAAACAGAGGCAUUGUGAGAAAAAUUAACUCCGAGCUACCAGUCGAUGAAGUCUUUGCUGAAGUCUCCAAGGCUAUUGAUGCACUGUAGUAAAACAGCAUAACUGGAGAAAACAUGUCUGGUUAUUGGUGUUUUUAUAUGUUACUUUAAGAUUAUUCUAAUUUUGAUGUAACAUGCCUUAAAUCUGCUCCUUGGCAAGCAUGUACAACAUGCAACUUCAACAACAGCAAUUGAUUUGCAUCAUUUUGCAGACAUCUUUAAAAACAUAAUAUAUAGUUACAGAAGAUUAUAUUUUGUCAGUUCAAAUCAGCCUUUAAUGUUAUCAAAGUAUUGACCCAUAUACUGUAAAACACUGAUCCACAGCUAAAAGUGAAUUAAGCAACCAAACAUCAGUAAAUUACAAUUAUUUUGUUACUAUUUUACAUGUAAAUGUUUAAUGUUAAUAAUAAUUAACUAAACUAAUCUAUUUAUAAAGGUAUAAUGAUUCAGGAAAUCAUAAUAAUGUAACUUUAUAAUACGUACUUGCACAUUUAUUUUUUAUUUUUUUGUUUCUUGAACCAAGGCACAGAUCUUAUAUCAUAUACAUAAGACUGAUAAGGCAUUUUCCUCAGUAAUUCGUGUAUUGAGGGUGGACACGUGUAAAAGUAUGUAGCCACAUGUACAAAGCAUAUAAUAAAAAGCAGAUGUUGUUGUUUUA